CGCGUAGACGACUUUACCACAUGCGGCUCAAUCAGUCGUUUAUUCAGUGACCAGAAUUCAUCAGCUGGGCACAGGGAGCGGAGCCGUCCAAAUGCGCUCAGCCGCACUGUAAAUACUGCUCAUUUUGUCUUCUUCUUCGGAUCACCGUUGACCUCUACAAACUCAAAAUGGGUUAGGGAGAGAAUGUCUGGAUUGUUCGCUCUCUCCACUUUGCGAGGAUGGGGAGUCGGAAUUUCAGUUUUUGCAGAGGCACCUUGACAAAGAAGAAAGAAAAUAGGGGCAACUGAUUUGUCUCCCCUGUUCUUCCAUUUUCUUUCUUUAUUUUUUUCCUUUUUUUGAGAAAUGAUUGCAGAGUUGGUGUGUAGUGCCGUGGCUCUGGUCCUCUAUCUGAACACCCUCGGCGCUGAUUUCUGCUACGAUGACAGCCGCGCGAUCAAAUCCAACCAGGACCUGCUCCCGGAGACCCCCUGGAUCAACAUCUUCUACAACGACUUCUGGGGGACCCUGCUCACCCACAGCGGGAGCCACAAGUCGUACCGGCCCCUGUGCACGCUCUCCUUCCGGCUCAACCACGCGCUGGGCGGGCUGGAGCCCUGGGGGUACCACCUGGUCAACGUGAGCCUGCACGCGGCCGUGACGGGGCUGUUCGCCCGCCUGUCCCGCCUGCUCCUGGGGGGCGGGCGCUGGACGCUGGUGGCGGGACUCCUCUUCGCCUCGCACCCGGUGCACACCGAGGCGGUGGCGGGCGUGGUGGGGCGGGCCGACCUCGGGGCGGGGCUCUUCUUCCUGCUGUCGCUGCUGUGCUACGUCCGGCACUGCGCCCUCAGGCCCGGCCCCGCCCCCGGCCCCGCCCACUGCUGGGCGCGGCUCCCGGGCUGCUGGGCGUGGCUGCUGGGGACGCUGGCGUGCGCCGCCUGCAGCAUGCUGUGGAAAGAGCAGGGCGUGACCACCCUGGCCGUCUCUGCCGCCUACGACGUCUUUGUCUUCCAUCGGCUCAAGCUGCGCCAAGCCCUCGGCUUGUUUAAGAGGAAGAACGGGGGCCUGCUGCUCAGCGUGAGCUUGCUGGCCUCCUGGGGGGCCCUCCUGCUGGGCCUGCGGCUGUACUGGAUGGGCAACAAACCGCCAAACUUCUCCAACUCCGACAACCCGGCGGCCGACUCCGCCAGCCUGCUCACCAGAACCCUCACCUUCCUCUACCUGCCCGCGGCCAACCUGUGGCUGCUGCUGUGCCCCAACACCCUGAGCUUUGAUUGGUCCAUGGACGCCCUGCCCCUGCUAAGGACCGUGUCUGAUUGGAGGAACCUUCACAGCGUGGCCUUCUAUGUCGGGGUGGCGGUGCUGGCCCGGUUUGGCCUGAGGAGCACGGCCAAGCUUCGCGAGGUCAACGGCAAAGCCCACGUCUCCAACGGCAACGGCAAGUCCAGCUCCAACGGGCACAGCUACCACCCGGAGCAGGCCGACUCCGGAUCGGAGCUCCCCAAAAGUGCGGAGAACGGUACGAGGAACCACUGCGGCCCCAAGCCCCGCCCUCUGCCCUGCACGGAGGGCGUGGUGGUGUUCUCCCUGGGCCUGAUGGCGGUGCCCUUCCUUCCCGCCACGAACCUGUUCUUCUACGUGGGCUUCGUGAUCGCCGAGCGCGUCCUGUACAUCCCCAGCAUGGGCUUCUGCCUGCUGGUCGCCGUGGGAACGCGGGCGCUGUUCGUCCGGCUGCGCGGCCGGGCGUCCCGGACCGCGCUGCUCUACGGCACCGCCGCCCUGGUCCUGCUCUACGGGAUUAAAACUGUGCUCCGCAACCAGGACUGGCGCAACGAGGAGAUGCUGUACCGGUCCGGGAUUACCGUCAACCCCGCUAAAGCGUGGGGUAACCUUGGCAAUGUCCUGAAGAACCAGGGCAAGAUGGCCGAAGCGGAGCGAGCCUACAGGAACGCGCUGUACUACCGCAGUAACAUGGCCGACAUGCUGUACAACCUAGGCCUGCUACUACAAGAAAGCAGCCAACUCACUGAGGCCCUGCACUACUACAAGCUGGCGAUCGGUAGCAGGCCGACGUUAGCCUCUGCGUACUUGAACACGGGCAUCGUCCUGAUGAACCAGGGCCGUCUGGAUGAGGCCAAGCAGACCUUCCUCACCUGCGCCAACAUCCCUGACGAGAACCUGAAGGACCCCCACGCCCACAGGAGCUCUGUGACCAGCUGCCUCUACAACCUGGGAAAGCUGCUGCACGAGCAGGGUCACCAGGAGGAAGCUCUGUCAGUGUAUAAGGAAGCAAUGCAGAAAAUGCCCAGACAGUUCGCCCCUCAGAGCCUCUACAACAUGAUGGGUGAGGCAUACAUGAGGCUGAACAGACUUCAGGAGGCAGGGCACUGGUACAGGGAGUCUCUCAGAGCCAAACCCGAUCACAUCCCCGCCCACCUCACCUAUGGAAAGCUCCUGGCUAUGAUGGGACAGAAGACUGAAGCAGAGCAGUACUUUCUGAAGGCCAUUAGCCUGGAUCCCACCAAGGGGAGCUGCUAUAUGCAUUACGGUCAGUUCCUGUUGGAAGAGUCCCGCCUACAGGAAGCGGCUGAGAUGGCGGAGAAAGCGGCCCGGCUGGAGAGCGGAGAGUUUGACGUGGUUUUCAAUGCCGCACACAUGCUCAGACAAGCUGGCCUCAACGAUGCAGCCGAGAAGUAUUAUGGAGUAGCGGCAAGCCUGCGGCCUGAUUACCCUGCUGCUCUAAUGAACCUGGGGGCCAUCUUGCACCUGAAUGGGAAGCUACCGAGGGCUGAGGCCAAUUACCUGCGUGCGCUGCAACUCAAACCCGAUGAUGUCAUCACGCAAUCCAACCUGCGCAAACUCUGGAACAUCAUGGAGAAGCAGGGCCUCAAAACCAUGGGACCCUAGGUCUGAACACCACAUGGCCCCAAGUCUGAACACUAUGGGACCCUGAGUCUGAACCCCACUGGGCCUGAACACCAUGGGGCCCCAAGCCUGAAUACCACAGUGCCCCAAGUCUGAACACCACAGACCCUGAGUCUGAACACUAUGGAGCCCCAAGUCUGAACACCACAGACCCUGAGUCUGAACACUACGGAGCCCCAAGUCUGAACACCACAGGGCCUCGAGUCUGAACACUAUGGUGCCCAUGACUCCAAACAACUUGGAUCCCUGGGUUUGUCUCUGUCUCUGUCUGUGAUUCUUCAUGGCUCUUAGCUCCUCCACGCUGAGGUCUGUCUUUCCAGUGCAGAGGUCAAAGAUGCUAUUUAGGCAUUCCUUUUUAGAAUCAGAAUCAAGUGUAGCAACAGGACCUUCUACUUUACUCCCUCAGUUCUGAACCUGGACUACCUGUCCUAGGUCUGGCAGUAAAGUCCAUUUGAGUUUGUCUUCUAUGUUCAGAGGAUAUUUGGGCUGAAGUGUGUUGUGGGUCAGUGUGAGAACAGCAGGCUGAAAUUAGAAGCCUGAGGACAGCUGUGUUUAGAUUUGUGUCUCGCUCAUGCAAUGUUGUUGGGUUAGUGCUUCACUCAUACAGUUCUGUUGGGUUGGUGUCUCAAUCAUACGGUUCUGUUGGGUUGGUGUCUCACUCAUAUGGUUCUGUUAGGUUGGAGUCACACUUAUGCAGUUCUGUUGGGUUGGUGUCUCACUCAUACGGUUCUGUUGGGUUGGUGUCUCACUCAUAUGGUUCUGUUGGAUUGGUGUCACUCGUGGUUCUGUUGGGUUGGUGUGUCACUCAUGCAGUGCUGUUGGGGUUACAGCAUAGAUAUGAGCAUGUGCCAUUCUCGUUAGGGUUUCAAAUGAAAAUAUUGACAAAUUUCAUGAUGCCAUUCUUAGCCUUUCAUGUAUAUACACACUGAUCUACAGCAUUAAAAACAACACACAUCAGGUGUAUUAUACCCAGGAGAGCUGUCAGAACAUAAAUAUGAUUCAGUGUUGGUGCAACUUGAGCUCUAUAGUGGAUAUGUCUGUGAGCUCUAAAGUGGAUAUGAUCUCACUUUUGGCUGAUUAGAUUCCACCUGAAGAGAACAGGCUGCUGGAUUUGUAUGUGGAUAAAACAGUGGAUUUAGAAAAGAACAUAAUCAACUAAGUUUCUUUAUCCUGCUGCAAUGGACUGAUGUCACCAUCCCCUAAUACUGUACACACUAUCAGACUUCCUCUGACAGAUAUCUGUUUCUAAGGUACAUUACCUGCUAGGAACUCUUUCACCUGCCCUAGAGUGCAUCCACACGCUCUGUUAUGAAUGAUGUGUAUGUCUUUGAAGUUUUACCAAAUAUGUAUGUAGCGCGGUGAAGAAAUUACUGCUGACAUUUCAUAGAGUGGUUAUUUAUUUUUGAGCAGAAAGGUUAGAUGUCUGAGGUCCACUCUGCCUUAUCGCUUCACAGAAAGAUGCUGAACUCCAUUGUCACAGUUGGCCUGGUAGCCUGUUAAAACGCAGUACUUCACCCCCCAGAAGAGAACUGAACACCAUACACCUCUGCCUCUGUGUCCUAGCAACAGCUGUACUCUGAAAGUGCACCUAAGGUACUACCUGUCCAAUGGGCAUGAGAAUGCUGCUUAGCUGGUUUUGAUGAGUAUUGAGGACUUAUCUCCUGUUAAUUGUGCAGAAUGUUCCAGACACAAGCGCCGGGUGUUUAACAGAAACCAAAUAUACACGCCUACAACAUCUGCCUUUCUUUCGAUACUGCACAACCACAGGCAUAUUUUUCAUUUGUGAUGGACUCUUUAAAUGUGUAUUGGUUUGUUUGAUACUUUAAUUCAUUUAUAUUGUUGUGCGUAAAGAAACCUUAAUAUAUAUUUUAAACAAUUGCAUUAUGGGAAAGAAAAGCCCAAGUUUGAAAAGGGAGUGUACACACAAGCCCUUCCCUGGCCCACUGUGUGAUCCAAGAACCUGUUAGAUAAUGACCCUCAUAGACCCAACCCUCUCCCAAGAUUUGGUACUUGGGUGUUUUAAUUUGCGUAUGUUACUGUUGUAGAGUGUGAGUCAUUUCCAGUAUUUAGCCACAUUAAGCAUGGAUUGGGCACAGCCCAAUAGUACAGUAUCAGGAAUAUUUCUUUGGAAGUAAGAAAGCUAUUUCUUAAGAUAAGAGUAAUGUUGUAUAUUAUUUGUAUUUUUAAUUCUUUUGAAAUUAUUUGAUUUCAUUUUACUCUUAACUUAUUUCUGUGUGUUAAUGUGGCUAACAAAACAGCUGGCACUGUGACGCAUCUUAAAAUGUUUUCAAAAGAGAAUUUAUAACACAGCUUCAGUGCAAACUGGUUAUUGAAAUAUCCCCUUUUGUCGAAUGAGUAGCGAUUAUGCAGGAAUGCAGUAAAAUACUGGUUGAGGUUGGCUUUGCAUAUAAAUGGUGACCAGCUUCAGUAUGCUUCUGACCCUGUCUGUCUCAUUCUGCUUCACCAUCAGGGAGAAGAUAUGGGCUUGAUAUACAAACACAUUCAGUUUUAGAUGAAAAUGAUUAAUAAUAUAUAAAAUAUACUUUGUAUUUUGGAGAUGGGCCUCUUUAAGUUAAUGUGGAUAAAAAUAUGAAGUACCGAGGCACAGUUCCGGAAUGUUCCAGAUCUGUUGUCACAAUUAGCUAAAAUAUUGACUUGCUAAAGCUUACAUGCAAUCAUUUAAUUGCCCUGGUGAUAAAACGGUGAACACACAAAUGGGAGAAGGAUGAAAUUUCCUGUUACUGACCAACAAGUCUAAUCACAGCCUUCAGAAGGUAGUACUGUAAGUCAUGAUUACUGUGUGACGCGUUCAUGUUGUAUUCUUUUAUUACGUCUAAUACCUGUGGUCUGUGCACAGCCUCGCCUGUACUUUAUAUUUUCCCAUAAGCUCAGCGGUAACCGUGGAUGCGCACGGCUGCGGACGCUGCGCUCGUUUUCAGGCGGUGCGCGGCAUCGACCUUGGCUGCCGCGGUGGACUACCUUCAGCCCCGCGCAGAGCUCACUGGGUCCUGCGCAGGUUCCGUUCGAGAAGGAAACGAACCCCUCACGAUGUGUCUCCGCUCAGGGAUUUCAAACAGCGGGUUGUCGCGGGUUUGCGCUCACGCGACAUUCGGAGAGUUUGCUAAAUUGAAAGUUUUAUUUUUUGAAAACUGUUGUAUUUGAAUAAAUUAUCGAAAUUUGUAGCAUUUCCUUUUUUUGUAUUAAAAUAGCAGAUACGCCAGACGAGGCUUCCCCAAAAUGUUGCUUUUUCCACAAUAAAUUCAUGGUGACAAACUGAG